GAGUCGAAAGGAUGUGUUUGCGUUUCGCUACUACAAUCUCGCGACGAUCAUUUUCAGUCUGUAGGAGUUUUUGAGACGGUGUGGACUCAAAAAGUGUUUGGUGUCUACCCUACUGCAGUGCAGUCAAUGGAACCGACGGUGUCAUACACAGAAAGCGGGAGAGCAUUAUAAACUAAGUGAUAUUAGUGCGGUGUGAUAGAUGGUCGCUUUUGGUGGAUUGAAUCGCUUGAUUGGUAUUAAGUGGAAGAGUGGAAAAUUGGCAUGAAAUUGAAGAUUUCGCAGACGGCGAAUAUCGAGAUCAAUCGAGUGAGAAGAAGAAUCGCGAUUUGAUGGAAGAAAUACAUGUUGAUUGGUAUUUUACUUGUGAUGCAUGUUAAUUGUGUGGAUAUCAUAGUGAAUUAAAAAGCUACAUUGUGCUUUGCUCGUGAUAUUGAUAAAUUGUGAACAGAUAUAUUGAUUGGCUUUUAAAUUUCUAGUACCGGAUGAGUGUUUAAUUUGAUGUUUACCAAACCUAAUGUCUGGCUACGCUACUGACUCCAAAUACGAUUUCAGCUACAGACUACAUAUUUGAAAGUAACAUACAAAAGCUCUUUUACGACACCAAUACUGUUGGAAAACUACAUUAACUGAAUGUUGGAAGACACAUUUUUGUAAACAUUUGUAAUAAUAACACUAUUGCGGAGUUUUUAGCCAAUGACUCAAUGCAACUUUCGAUUAGUUUUAACUUUAUAAUAGUAAUUACAUGCGAAUUAAAUAACUGUAACAUCAAACAAUCGGGCGAAUACUUUAUCGGCACACGCCACAAACGAACGUAUAGCGGUUGAAAUUGAAAUGCACUGGAAAAUUUGCUCCACUUGUGCUACUCUUUUAAUAAUAUUUCUGUAAGGCGCUCGUUGCUUUUUCCUGACUGGAACAGCAAAAAUAGAAGAAUAGACCUGUGUUACAGUGUUGAGAGUGUUUUCAUACCCCGGCUCUGGAUACCAGACUGUAUUCAAGUGCAGAAUAGCAAAGGAUAAAAAAUAUCAAAACAUCCCAUACAAUCAAAUAAAAUCACUUUACACACUUUGCUCUAUAAACGGAGUAAUAACAUCACAUACCGCGUGCUGUCGCGUUUGCUCUGGCAAAGAUCGGCACAUCGACAAACGGAAGUGAGAAGCUGCGCUGAACGAGUCCGUGAGAGCAACUGUUGCCCUUCUGAAGCGGCACACGACACGCUAAGCCGUGUGGCAGAGCAUCACGAGAGGUGAAAUCACCACCCACCACCAAGCCAGACUGUACCUACCUAUCAACGAAAGUGAAUUGUUUUUUUUUUCUGCCGGGUUUAGGUGGACAAGCGCGCACGCCGGCUUCGUCGUUAGUCUGCUCCGGUGUGUUAUCGUCAGCACCUUUUUUCUCCCGCUUUCCACACUCAUUCGUGUUUUUUCCGACCGAAAGAACGACUGCGAAGAAAGGACUUUUUCCUCCCGAACCGAGAGCCGUGACGCAAGAGAUAAAUAAAGAGAGAGAGCGAGGGAGAGUGAUAUCAAGCACGAAAAGAGGCAAACUGCCAACGGUGUUACAGAACUCCAUUAAAUCCAGGCGAAUUCACGCAAAAAACUCGAGUGAAAUAACACUGGAAAGAGGGAGGGGAACUAACGAUCUGGUUUCAGUUGGCGAGUGUAAAAAAGAGAGCAAAGCGGCAAUACAGAGGCAUACCGAGCUCGUAUAAUCAAUUGGCAAACUGGGUACUCAUGGGACACCGAAGCGCCGAGGGGCUGGACAUGAGCAUCCAGUGAAAACCUUAACCUUCGGUGAGGUUAAGCGUCCGGUGUCAGGAAUGCACAGCACUGAAAAUGUUGCUGUGGAACCGAUCAACGAUCACCCAAUCAAUGUACAACCAACUCGAACCCUCAACGCCGCCAGUGUUACAACUAUGGGACACACGACAGUUACAUCGAACGCACCGGCAAUCCAAUCAUCGGUUUCGUCCACCCCGAACCUCAUGGGUAACACCGGCCUGGCCAAAGACUGCGCCGGUUGUGGGAAGCGCAUUACUGAGCGUUUUCUGCUGAAAGCCUUGGACCUUUUCUGGCACGAGGAUUGCCUCAAAUGCGGCUGCUGUGAUUGCCGGCUCGGUGAGGUCGGCUCAACCCUGUAUACUAAAGCGAACCUAAUACUGUGUAAGCGAGACUAUCUGAGACUGUUCGGAACCACAGGAUACUGUGCAGCGUGCAACAAAGUGAUACCGGCAUUCGAGAUGGUGAUGCGUGCCAAAAACAACGUGUAUCAUUUGGAAUGCUUUGCCUGUCAACAGUGCAAUCAUCGGUUUUGUGUGGGUGAUCGGUUCUAUCUAUGUGAUAAUAAGAUUUUAUGUGAAUACGACUACGAAGAACGCUUAGUGUUCGCCAGUAUGGCGUGCAAUCCAUCUAGUUUAGCGCAUAUACGGAGGCAAGUUAGUAAUUUACAGCCAGCCGGAGAAAAUCUCAUCGGUCCUGCUGGCAGCGGACGUCUGCCGCCAGCCGUUAAUCGAUCUGCAUACGUAGCAGACAAACUGGGGCUCUUACAACAACAGCUUCCACAGGGUCCCCACCAGCAACAGCCUCCAUCGGCACCAUCCAAUCAUCAAUCGCAUCAUCCACAACCCCAGCAAUCUCCACAGCAGUCCCAGCAACCUGUUAGCGGAAACCAUCUGCAAAAUCCAGUUCAGCAACAGCAUCAUCCCAGCAAUCUAGGCCCCCACAGGGACGAUGGCUCUAGCGGUUAUGGAAGUCCCGAUUCUGAGACAUUUGAAACGCCCUCCUCCCAAUGACGCCCAAUGCCAUGAUUCUGUGUGGCCAUUUAGUAUCAACUGCAGCGUGUUUCAUGAAUUUGAUUUGAUUGCAAUACAAGGUUUAUUAUUUAGCGUAUUCAUACUACGUAAAGACACAUUAGUAAAAGCCAAUUGCAUUUUAUUUUUCUUAUUAACAGUUCCAUUCCUCCCUCUAAAUACAUCUCCUGAAAGUAUAUCGAGCUACCAUACCAGAAAGGCGUUGAAUCUUUAUUUUUUAAAAUGCAAUUUACACACUUAAAUGCGCCUUUGAGAAUAAUUCGAUAAACGCCGUCGUCUCAGAUUUUUGAUCCUAAGGGGCCGUUCAUAAACCACAUUGACAUAUGAAAGGAGAGAGAGAGAGAGAGAGAGAGAGAGAGAGAGAGAAAAUGGGGGGUUGAAAAGAGGGAAGGGUGAUCCCAAAAUGUCUACCAAGCUUUAAUCCGACUGUUUUUCCUUUCUCACACUUCUAAUCAUGACAAGGUCCUAUAUAGCAAUCGGCUCUGUUGUGAGAAUGUUUGCAUGAAUUCCAAACGUUUUCUUUUUGGUGAGACAUAUUUGCAAUCGAAAUAUUAUUUAGAUCAUCCGAUUAUUAUAAAUACUAAAACUGAUUUUGUUUUGAUUAUUUUUGUAAUAUUAAAUAUUGUCAAAUUAGUUUUGAUUUCCGUUGGCAGUCUUAGGCUAAUUAAUACUAAAAUAUAAUUUGUCUUGAUUUGCUUAAAACUACUCAGCCGGAAUCAAAAACGGUUUAAUAAUGUUAAAGUCGAAAUCUACAAUUUAAUAUUGUCGAAAUACUAAAAAUUACUUUUUUAAAAGCUAUCAAUUUUGCAUGUUCAAAAAGCGUAUUGAACAAGUGAAGGACUAAAGAAUGCUUAUUCCAUUUUUUAAUUAAAUUUAAGUGAGGUAGAGCAGAAAUUCUAAAGAUUUCAUACAUUUUCAUACCAUGUUUGAAACAUCAAAAAGAUUUACUUCAAGAAGAACCUAUUUUGGCCCUAUUAGGAAGAGCAGUAGAUAAAGAACACUAGAUUAAGAUUGUCGCUGGUGUUUCCAUUGUUUUCACAU